UUUUAUUCGAUCUCAACAUAUCAGCUGUGCAGGCCUAAAUUUUAAACAUUUUAUCCACAGUAUUUUUCGACAAAAUAUCAAUAAAAAAUAGUCUUGCUACUCAAACAGUCUGAAAUUCUGUCAGUCUUGCAACAAAUAGUUCAGGAUAGUAAUAAUGGCCAGUUGCGAUGUGCAAGCCACUCCAUCGGAUAAGAUUAUAAAUGAGGACACAGCUAAAGCCGAAAUGAAGAGCGAAGCAGUUAAAAAAUUUCAAACUCGAAUUAUGAAAAAUGGAACUGUCCCCCAGCCAACCAAAAUUCCGGGUCCCGUACGCUUGGAUGACAGCGGCAGCUACAUCCACACAAGUACACGCAAGUACACCACCCUGAUGAAGUGUCUGCAAGCGAAGAGCGAAAUGGAUGAGAGUUUCAGCAGCACUAGCACACUGGUAAACACAACUGAGGAUUCUGGCGUUCAAUUGGAUUGCUCAAUGAACGUAGACGACGAUAAUAAUUCAAGUUCCGAAAUGCCAUCUCAACCGGGCAGCUCAACGCCGCGCCAACAGCGCAGCACGGAUACGAUUGCAACCAGUGGAAGUCUUGACGAAUUGGAGGCCGCCGAACGACAAACGCUGAGAGUACUGCAACGUGCCGUGGCCGAAAUGGAAGCGGAUGUCGCUUUACAUGCGGAGAUACUCGAAGAACAGAUAAAGCUGGAGCUGGAGAACCAAAUGAAUUUGCACAUAGAGCACGAAGUCCAACAGGAGAUUGAAAAGACACUGUUGCAACAAACAGUGGAGCAGCAGAAACAGCAGCAGGAGCAGGAACAAGGGCAGCAGCAGCAACAAGAGCAGCAGCAGCAACAAGAACAGCAGCAGCAACAAGAGCUGCAGCAGCAACAGCAUCAAGAGCUGCAGCAGCAACAGCAGCCGCAGCAACAAGAGACCUGUAUUCAGGAACUAGAGACAGAGCUGGAGCAGCAGCUGGAGCUGGAGCUGGAGCUGGAACUGAAGCCGGAGGAACUGAAGCAAUCGGAUUUCAACGAUGUAUGUCACCACAUCGACGACGAAGAGACGACCAAUCUAUCCGCUAGAGCUGGCUCACGCGAGCGAAAGCACGUGCGUGUGGAGCAACUCCUUGAGGCGGAACAUGACAUAGAAAUGUUGCACAAGCUGCUCCAAGUGGACUGCGAUCAGUACAAUGACGAAGUGACUGCCCCGGAUCAGCCCCAUGACAAUGAUUGUCCGCCCGACUUAAAUGCCGGCGGGGAAAUGCAGGUUAAGCCGGACAAAUUUACUACUGAUAACGAAGCUGAAUGGCAUGACAAGCGAGUGGGCAUCUUUCACUCGCUGCUGCAGAUUAUCUGCGGGAAACGCAUCCGCAAGCUAGGCUAUCCCAUACUAUUUUGUGGCAUGGCUGUCGGUUUGAUUUAUUACUUUCGUAAGAAUUAGGGAAUUGUAGGCGUACACAUUUUAAAAUUCAUCUACGCAAAUUCACGAGCAUUGCAUAAGCGCGACAUAGCGCAACAAAAUCGAAUUCAAGUUGAGUUCUCAAAAUUUCAUUUAUUUUUACGAAUGAUAAAACGAAAACCACAUAAAUAGAAAAAAAGUAUCGCCAAUAAAGUCGCAAAACUCACGACGCUGCAAAACUCCCCAUUUAUAAGUCACCGUUUUCGGAACUGCAUAUCAAGCAAUUGUAACAGAAAAAAAAAAUAUAUAUAUA